ACAGUGCAGCGGUGAAGAAUGUUCUCUGCAGACCUCAGAAGCCAUUUUGAGAUGAUGCCCAUGUUGAAAAUGCCAAGGAAGAUGCUGAUAUCAACGAAAAGGGUUACAAUUCUGUGCAUUUCUCCCUCGGUCUCCUCUGUUUCACCAUGGCAGCUGUCAACCGACGGGACAAUAGCAAAGCGGGGUAUCAAGCUGUGCUUGCUGAGUUAAAACGUCAUUGACAUGAAAGAGGACAAUGUCUGUUUAUUGUCUCUGUUGUCGAGACAUGUAACACCGUGAGUUUUUUCUCCAGUCUGCAAAUCUUCCAGCAUCUCUCACCACCACCCAACGUCUCCCUGAGUGAUUGUCAUUCACUCUGGUACCGGAGAAGGGAGGCAGAUCCGUUUCCAAUGGCUUCAGUGAGCCUUGUUUCCAGUCCCCAAACCCCCGUUCUUGACAAAAACAUGACUGACUCUGAGCUUGCAGGGGACGAAAGAGAGGACGGUGAACUUGAGGACGGGGAGAUAGACGAUGAAGGAAUUGGAAUCGAAGAGGAGAAGGAAACCAAGGAGGCCCCUGAGGAGAAGGAGAAGGAGGUGAAGGAGAAAGACCCGAAGGAGAAGGAGCUGAAGGAGAAGGAGCGCGAUGACAAGGUCCACAGGCACUCCAGGAAACGGUACAAGAAGACCCGAGAGAAGCACAAGUCCAAGAGGAGGCGCCGCGACCGGCAGAAACACCACUCGCCCUCCAGUGCGUCCAGCUCCGACAGCUACGACUCUGACUACGACCGGCCUGAGAAGCCCAAGACCCGGAAGAGCCAAGGGUCCAACCAGGAGUCUAACGGCCAGUCCUCCCAGCGCGGUCGGGAGUCCAGGGGCGGGCUCCACGCCACCUCCCAGAGGAAGUCCCCGCAGGCGAAGGGCGGCGACCCGGACAACAAGUACAGCGACUUCGGCAACGAGAAGUACGACUACGAAGGAGAGGACGACGACUACGAGGACGACGGCUCCGAGUUCGGGCCGUCCAAGGAGUCCGGGGGCUUCGGGGGCGGGAAGGGACGGCACGGCAAGGACCAGAUGAAGAGGGCCAACCAGAGGGGCCUGCAGAAGCAGCAGCAACAGUUCGGAGGUCCGAGGGGCCGGGGCAGGGGCAGCGCGCCGGGCAGAGGACGGGGGAUGCUGAAGAACAAGAAGCUCAAGGGCAAGGGCUGGGGGGGACGGGGGCGGGGCCAAGGAGGAGACCAGGGGAUGGAGGGCGGGCCACAGAACUGUUUUCAGAAGAAACGGCCGAUCAUGAGCAAGGAGUUCAUCAACCAACACACAGUGGAACACAACGGCAGAUACAUCUGCAAAUACUUCCUGGAGGGACGGUGCAUCAAGGGGGAACAGUGCAAGUUCGAACACGAACUCGUUGUGCCGGAUAAGAAAAAGGAACUCUGCAAAUUCUACCUUCAGGGUUACUGCAGCAAAGGAGAUAACUGUAUUUACAUGCACAGCGAAUAUCCUUGCAAGUUCUUCCACACGGGAGCCAAAUGUUACCAAGGAGACAACUGUAAAUUCUCCCACGACUCGUUGAACGACGUGACCAAAGAUUUGCUUGACAAGAUAAUCAGCACGGAGGAGGAGAACGCUCACGAGGACGAGAUCGAGCUGGAGAACCUGAGGAAGCAGGGCAUCGCCCCGCUGCCCAAACCCCCUCCCGGGGUGGGGCUGCUGCCCACGCCAGGCCAGGGCAGCCCCCAGGAGGCCGGGGCCUCCGGCCAGGCCGGGAAGAAGAUCCCGUCCCUGUUUGAGAUCAAGGUUCAGCCCACGGUGGAGAUGGCGCAGAAGAUCGGCCUGAGCGGAUCCAAAUUCGACGAGUUUGACGAGGAGGGCUCGGACCAGUUCGGCGGGGAAUCGGAGGAGAUGGAGCAGGGCGGGGCCGCCGCCCCACCAGGCUCCGGCGCUCCGUCCGGCCCUCCGCCCGAAUCCCCGGGGCCCCCCAUGGCCCACCCCAACGUGGGGCCCCCGCCCGGACCCCUGAGCCCGCCGGGGCAGCUGCCCCCACCGCUGCACGGCUACUCCAUGCCGCCGCCGCCGUUCCCCCCCGGGGGGCCCCCGCCCUUCAUGGGCAGCCCGCCCCCCAUGAGCAUGGGGCCGCGGCCCCCCUUCCCCCCCAUGCCGGACCUGCAGAUGCUCCAGAGCCUGUUCCCCUUCCCCCCGCUGGGCCAGAACCCCGUCGAGCUCUUCAGCAAUUUCCUCCGAAGCCAGAGCAUGCCCCAAGGAGUGGACCCCAGCGUGAGCUUCCUACAGAACCUCCAGCAGCAGAUGGGGGCCGAGUCCCAGAUUCAGUCCUUGCCGCCCGCGGUGCAGAAAGCUCUCUUCUUGCACAUCACACAGCAGCAGCAGCAGCAGCAGCAGCAGCAGCAGCAGCAGCAGCAGCAGCCACCAAAGCCCCCCCAACAGCAGGGGAUGGAGCCCCAGAGGGGAGACGCCCCGGAGGACAAAAGCUCCAUCAGAGAUGAAACCACCAACUGGUACUCGAGUGACGAAGAGGACGGUGGCUGCGUGUCGUCCAUCCUCAAGUCGCUGAAGAAGCAGAACGAGCUGCACCAGGCAGCAGAACCAGCUCGGACCCCCGCAGCCGCCCCCCCCCAAACGGGAGACCCCCGGCUGCUGAAGGAGAGGGCCCCGCCCAGCGACCCCCGGGUCAAGACCGACCCCCGGCAGCGGCACCCGGACCCCAAGAAGGACUCAGACGGUGCCUCGGACCCCCGGCUCGCCAGGGACCCCAGGAAGGUGAGACCCGCGGAGCCGCCCGGCGCCUACCGGCAGCAGAAGCACCCGCCCUCCUCCCACAAGCCCCCCGCCGGGGAGGACGACGAGGAGGGCGAGAGGGAGCUGAGGGACAGGGCCACGCUCAUCCCCCUGGACCCGGGGCCCGGCCUGGCGCUGAGGGACCCCCGUAGCCAGCUGCAGGCGUUCAGCCACAUCCGCGUGGACGUCGUGCUGCAGAGGCCCGCCUUCGCCGACGCGGUGGUGUGGGGGCCCGAGGACCUGCUGCCGUCCCUGGUGCCCAAGCAGGAGCACUCCAUCAACCUGCCCCUGCCGCCCCUCAUCGCCGAGGCCCAGAAGGACCGCGCCAACCGGCUGGAGCCCCCGCCCAGCCACGCGCCCCCCGCCAUCGACCCCCGGGCGGUGGCGGCCCGCCUCAAGGAGGGCGUGGUCCGCAUGCCGCCCUCCCGGAACCUGGAGAGCCGCUCGUCGAUGGAGAGGCCCCUGGACCCCCGGCAGCUCAAGGCGCUGGACCCCCGGAUCAAGCGCGCCGGGAGCCUGGACUCCAAGCCGUCCCUGCAGAAGGAGGGCCCCGCCCCCGGGGGAGGGGCUGCCAUCGUGGACCCCCGGCUGCAGCGGGCCGGCGCCGGGGUGUCGCCGGGCUCCGCACCCGCUGCACCCGCCGCCGCCGCCCGGUCGAAACCCGAAGCGGAGAAGCUGCCCCCCUACGCCCCGCGCCUGGCCUCCUCCACCAGCGGGGGGCUGGAGAGCCCCACCGCCCUGCUGGGGGGCAUCAGCCUGUACGACCCCCGCCAGCCCAGCACCGAGCACGGCCACAAGGAGCCGCCGGAGGCCCCGAGGAAGACGGGGAUCCUCAAACACCACGCCGUGAGGAAGGACAGCACGCCGUCCGCGACCACGCCGCCCCCACCACCGACACCGCCCCCACCACCACACUCCUCCUCUUCCUCCUCCUCCUCCUCCUCCUCCUCCUCCUCGCGGUCGCCCACCCAACCCCCGGCCUCCCCGGUCAAGCCGCCCGCCGCCCUUCACAUCCUCCCCGUCCAGACUCUGGCCGUCCUGACCCGACCUCAGUACUCCGACCCCCGCCUGGCCAAGCCGGGGGGUCAGGGGUCAGCGAAGAAGGUGGAGGAGGCGGAGGAGGGGGAGGGGGGGGAGGAGAAGAAGAAGGAGGGGCCACAGGGGGAGGCGGGGGCAGAGGGGGACGACGACCGGACACUGAAGGACGUGUUCAAGACCUUUGACCCCACGGCCUCCCCGUUCUGCCAGUAAGGACGGCAGAGGCCCAAGAGAGGAUUGUGCUUAUGUAAAUAUAUAUAUAUGCUUUGUAUAUUGUCGUUCACGCUCAUCUGGCGUCCCUUCGAGGAGCUUUACAUAAAUCUAUUUAUUUCUGUAUAAAGCUAUGUGUGUCAAAUGCCACUCUGUAGAAUCGUUUGCUAUCUAUCCAUGAGACACAUUUGUCACACAAUGUACGCAACGUGGUCCAGUGUUGUUUAAAUGUUGGCUUUGUUACAAGCCACUGGGCUGAUGGCUGUAUAUACUGAACUUCGGGUUCAUGGAUAUUUCUAUGGGAUGAAUUCAAAUAAAUUGGCUCAGAUAGUCAAGAGAUACAGCCCAGCAAGAUAGAGGGUCAAAGUCUGAAUCAGUAACUGCAGUUUUUGACACUUUUGUAUGACUUUUAAUGUUACAGACCUUUAUUGGAUAUUCAGUUUUUGUGAUAUAGAGUAACAGUCCUUUUUGUAGACCAUUCACCGUUUUUUUUUACAACGUAUUCUUUGCACAUAUGAAGCAAGUUGUUUGUCAAUGGCUGAAGUUUUUGUUGGUUUUGUGUUUUUGUGUUUAAUAAACCAGCAGAUUACUUUUAUUUUGCUCGUUUUCGUACUGGAUUAGUUGGAAGACUAGUACUGGUUUCAAUUAUUCAAUUAAUGUCAAAGUUGGCUCUCCAUAAACUCAUAUUGAGUUAUUAAUAUAUCUUUGUUAAUAACUCAAUUUGUUUUCUUAAUGUUUUUCAUUUUGUGCUGCUACCUUUAAGAGUCCCAGCUUUACUCUAUGUUUGUGCGCUCCCAAACGGUUCAGAGAAUGAGUCACGUUCAGUGUGAUGUUGAGGAAUUGUGGAUAUUAUUUUUCAUGCUUUCAUUUUUCAUCCCAUAGCCUGCGAUGACAUGCUUUCAUAUCAGGUUCUCAAGAACCCUAAAUAUUUCACUGCCUUUGUGAACUAUAGCAUUAAUUAUAUUAAAGACAUUUAACUGUCGACACUUGGUGACAUGAAUAGGUAUUUUCAAGGAUUUCAGAUAUUCUUGGUCAGGAUUUAUAACGCCAACUCAUUCCCAAUUCUCGGCUGCAGUUCUUCCUUGCAUCUUGCAGCCGGCCUAAUGGUGUAUGGAUAUUAAAUUACACCAGCACGAUUUAGCUUGUCUAAAGCAGUUAUUAAAAAAAUAUCCUAUAUUCCUUGAGAAUAAAACAUGCCUAUCCACGAGUCAAUACAGGGAUAUUGCUUAAAUUUGUUUCUAUAAAUAUUUUAUUCUGGUAGACUCAACCCCCAAUAGGAAAACGUUAUUGUAAAACUGACUGUAGUUACAACUCGCGCCACUAGAGGCCGCUAAUGGGAAAACUGACAUUGCUAGUAAUUCCUCCAUUGUAUCGUGUAUUAUUCUAAUGGCUUAUUUUAUCUUGAGUGAAGAAGGGGCCAGGCUUGGGGCCAGGGGCAGCGGGGAGGUCCUCCUCAGACCCAGGUCGUCCGUCUCGGGGUUGGAGUUCUGCCAGGCCCGGUGGAUCUGGA